AUGGUAGUACAGAAGAGGAAGGACAACCUCCCUCCAAAUGGAUUAAGGAACAAGGGGAACACCUGUUUCUUCAAUUCUGCCAUGCAAUGUAUUUUGUCGAUCGGAGAGCUCAACACCUUCUACAAGAAUACGGACUUUCCAAGGGAUAAGCCAAUAUCCAAUGCAUUCAAACAAUUCAUAGCAGAGUACGAGACCCCGGGAUGCCAUGACCCAAAGAGCUUUAUCGACAAGCUCAGUGGAAGGAUAAAGCUGUUCAAUGGAAUGCAGCAGGACUCACAUGAGUUCCUCAUCCAGUUUAUCGAUUUGCUGCAUAAUGAGUCUGAUGGGAACAAAAGCAGGCUUGAGUCGAAAGAUGAGUUUGAGGAAGUCCGAAAGCAUAGCCUGGUCGCAAAAACGUUGUUUUCGAUGGAUAAGCAGGUGUUGACAUGUGAGGCAUGCAACUACUCCUCUGUGACGAUUGCCAUGAAUAGUACCAUCCUUGUUGAGCCCUACGAGACAGUCCAGCUGGGGAUAGAUCGGUAUUACGAAGAAGUGAAGCUUGAGGGAAAGGAUGCCUGGAGAUGCGACAAAUGCGGAAGGAAGGAAAGCUCCAGAAAGAGGAUGGAGGUUCUUGUGCAUCCAGAUGUCCUGAUAGUGCAUAUAUCGAGAUUCCAUCCACAGGGGUGGAAGAAUACAGCAAGUGUCGAGGUCAAUGACACACUACUCUUCAAUAAUAGAAAGUAUAGUCUUCUUGGCGUUGUUUGCCAAAAUGGAACUCUUAACGGGGGACACUACUUUGCAGAGGCCAAGAGAUCGGGAACAUGGAAUGUGUACAAUGAUGAGCAGGUGACAAAAGGCUCCAGGACUUAUAGCGGAUCUCAUCCCUACAUAGCUUUUUACACUCUUUGA